UUCAUCUAUGGUUCUGUUCCUCGUAUGGACAACUUUGUUACCGCUCGACAUAACCCUAGACAAAAUAAUAAUAACAUUACGUGUAAUUAAAUAAUAGUAACAUUACAAGUAAUUAGAAAAGGAAAUUCGAUAAACUUUAAAAAUGGUUGUUCGGCAGUAUAAUGAAGAACUUCAAUAUUUAGAAAAGAUUAAUGAUCAUUGUUGGAAAAUAAAAAAGGGCUUUCAGCCUAAUAUGAAUGUAGAAGGUGUAUUUUAUGUGAACAAAACACUCGAAAAAUUAAUGUUGGAGGAACUCAGAAAUUCUUGUAGGCCCGGUAUGGUUGGUGGCUUUCUUCCAGGAGUAAAACAAAUUGCUAAUGUUGCAGCUUUGCCUGGAAUUGUUGGCCAUUCAGUAGGUUUGCCAGAUAUUCAUUCUGGCUAUGGCUUUGCAAUUGGUAAUAUGGCAGCAUUUGAUAUUGCUGAUCCAAAGUCAAUUGUUAGUCCUGGCGGUGUAGGUUUUGAUAUAAAUUGUGGUGUUCGACUUUUGAGAACAAAUUUACAUGAAAAAGACGUACUACCUGUCAAAGAGCAGCUUGCGCAAUCAAUGUUUGAUCAUAUACCUGUAGGAGUUGGUUCAAAAGGCAUCAUACCAAUGAAUGCUCGAGAUCUUGAAGAAGCACUUGAGAUGGGAAUGGAUUGGUCAUUGCGAGAAGGAUAUGUGUGGGCCGAAGACAAGGAACACUGUGAGGAAUAUGGCCGAAUGCUCAAUGCAGAUCCAUCAAAAGUAAGCAUGCGUGCUAAGAAGCGAGGUUUACCACAAUUGGGAACUCUUGGUGCUGGAAAUCACUAUGCAGAAAUUCAAGUUGUUGAUGAAAUCUAUGACAAAUGGGCUGCAAGCAAAAUGGGUAUUGAACGGUUAGGCCAAAUCUGUGUUAUGAUACAUUCAGGAAGUAGAGGAUUUGGUCAUCAAGUUGCCACUGAUGCUUUAGUUCAAAUGGAAAAGGCUAUGAAACGAGAUAAUAUACUAACAAAUGACCGUCAAUUGGCUUGUGCACAUAUCAACUCAACUGAAGGUCAAGACUAUUUAAAAGGUAUGGCUGCUGCAGCUAAUUUUGCCUGGGUAAAUCGAAGUUCAAUGACAUUCUUAAGUCGUCAAGCAUUUGCUAAACAAUUUAAUUCAACCCCAGAUGAUCUAGAUAUGCAUGUGAUAUAUGAUGUAUCUCAUAACAUAGCCAAAGUUGAAGAACAUAUGGUUGAUGGAAAACAGAAGACAUUAUUAGUUCAUAGAAAGGGUUCAACACGUGCAUUUCCACCUCAUCAUCCCUUAAUACCAGUUGAUUACCAACUCACAGGACAACCUGUACUUAUUGGUGGAACCAUGGGUACAUGCAGUUAUGUAUUGACUGGUACUGAACAAUGUAUGGUAGAAACAUUUGGUUCAACAUGCCAUGGAGCCGGACGUGCUUUAUCUAGAGCAAAAUCAAGACGAACUUUAGAUUAUACGCAAGUUUUAGAAAAACUAAAUGAAUUAGGCAUAUCCAUUCGAGUGGCAUCACCUAAAUUAUUAAUGGAGGAGGCUCCUGAGAGCUACAAAAAUGUGACAGAUGUUGUUAACACUUGCCAUGCUGCUGGAAUAAGUAAAAAGUGUAUAAAACUGAGACCGAUUGCUGUAAUAAAAGGAUAA